UUCCACCGGAUUUGUUUAUAACAGUAUGCUUGCUUGGACAUUGUGGAAACUUGGCAAAUGCGAGGACCAGACCUGAUGGCCGGAAAACGCAGAUAGGCUAAGUCAUGUGGCAUGGAACAUGCACACAAACAUAACGCAAGUAUUACUAAUUCUGUCGGUUUCCCAGGUACAAGUGAAUUUAACUGGACCAGAGGACAAGCAUGACAGGAAGGAGGGGUCCGCAAUUUCUCCUGCAGUCAUUACCUCCGGAAAUCGGAAUGUAAAUACAUGGUACUGCCACUCAUGAUUGCUGGGAAAAUUAAAGCAUGUCAUAAACAUUGAUAGAGAGACUGAUUGUCUGUGUAUUUUUUUUGUGGGUGUGGGCUUGUGUUUGUGUUUAUGUUGACUAUUUGGGAUUGCAUUUCACCAGCAUUAACUUUAAGUAUAAAAGUAUAGGAUAUACUAUACAAGUACGCUUUUAGUGUAAAGGCCUAUAUAGUAUAUAAAGUGUAUACUGCAUGUGUUACUCGGCUCUAAUGAAUACUUGAUUCUGAUUGGUCAGUCACGGGCACGGCAUCGAUCGUGGCAACGCUGCACAUUAUUCCUCUCAGGUAAAUAAAAUCGACGCUACAGCAUAUAGCUAUAAUAUACUGUCAUAUCUUCUACUGUGUUUGACAAUAAAGACAGAUACAGACUUAUUAUUAGAUUAAAGUAUUAUUAAGCUGUUACUUUUAAUAUUGUUGCAGUGUUCGUCUUGUUUGCUAGCCGGUUUUUUUUUUGUUUGCUAGCCUAUAGUAGCCUAGCCUAUAUGCUGUAGUGGAAUAUUUUUUCUUAAUGUAACGUUAGCUAACAAAGUAAUUUAUAGCCUAUAUUUUUCUUAAUACAGCUAAAGUUAUAAAGUAAUGUCAACUUAAAUCAAUAUUUUGUCUACCUAUUUUAUUAUUAUUGAUUUUGUGAGUAACCAGGAUACAAUCGUUUUCGCAAAAUAAAUCCUUCAUAAGCUGCAAAAACGUUGUAGAAAUUAAACUUUUUUCUCGUCAAAGGACCUUUUAAACUACAAUAAUAGAAGAUUAAUAAACGAAUUGUUACAUUAGUAACAAGGACAUUUCUUUUCAUUGUAGACUUUGAAACCCGCGGGAGCCGUUUACAUUCCGACCUGGAAUUUCCUGAGGGCGACUGAAGCAAUUACAGCCCGCUAUAUAUCUGCAUCUUGCCGAGUGACCCCCAAAUAUCACACAGUCAUUAUUUCCAUAUCGCCUUGCUCUCACGCCCACUGAGAGAGGGAGCAGAGAGCUCAUCCGGUGCAUUGAGGGACGUCCAGGUCCUCAUCUGCGCUCUGUACAGCAUCAGCACCAGCCGCUGCGUGAGAAACAAACCGAGUCGCAUCCCCGCGGAGAGCAGCACCGCGUGCGCUUCAUUCAAUCUGGAGCGUCAGAUGGUGCAAGAUGCUCCGCUUCUUUGUCCUCCUCUACACCCGAACUGAGCAAGUUAACGCUGGAAGGGACCAAUAGUAGUUUAGGGACCCGCGAAGACACGUUUCAGUUGCACUGAACGGCUCUUGCAGGACGCGCGCUUGGAUUAUUGUCCUUAUAUCACAAUUCCCGUGGAUUUCCUGCUGGAGAACUAAACACGCGCGUCGCGGCUUCCAGAGAAAGAAAACGAGUCACUACUGUUUAAAAUGUGUUAUUUCGGUUUCUUUCUCGCGAGGGAGGAGCAAUGAGAGCGUAAACAACAGUGGGUGUCUUUGUUUCUCAGACACGGACCCGUGGAAAGAUCAUAUUGACAUGUUUUCAGUUCUGGAUCUGGAGAUAGCGUUAUUUCUCCGCCAACUUAGAGAAGUGUUGUUCGUAUCUCUUUGACUUUACGUUACACCUCAGUUCUACUUUUUAGACAAACACAUGCAGUUUUCUUCAUAUCUUCUUCCUAUAUGGUGGAGCGCUUGGGAUGCUUUCAUCGGAAGGGCGUAUUUGAUUCGCGUCUGUCGUCUUUGGAGUGAAGAAAGAUCCCUUUAAACCCGCUGCCUGGGCAUCAUUUUGUGGAGUUACAGCGACCCACGUGGAAACACGGACUCGAAGGAGGGCAAGAUGGGCUGUUGCAGUGGUAGAUGCACGCUGGCAUUUAUAUGUGGCAUGCAAUUGAUCAGCAUCUUGGAGCGACAGAUAUUUGAUUUCCUCGGAUACCAGUGGGCUCCGAUCCUCACAAACUUCAUCCACAUCAUCACAGUGAUUCUAGGGCUCUUUGGAACAGUACAGUUCAGACCGCGAUAUGUGACCGGGUAUGCGGUCUGGUUGGUGCUGUGGGUCGCCUGGAAUGUCUUCAUCAUCUGUUUCUAUUUGGAAGUGGGUGACCUUUCAAAGGACACAGACCUGAUUAUGACCUUUAACAUCUCCAUGCAUCGCUCCUGGUGGAUGGAGAACGGCCCAGGGUGCAGGGUGACCCCCGUGACCCCUCCUCCCUCCUGGGCCCCGGAGGACCAUCGCUACAUCAGCAUCGCCGGCUGCCUGCUGGAGUACCAGUAUGUGGAGGUGGCCCACAGUUCCUUGCAGAUUAUCCUGGCUCUUGCUGGGUUCAUCUAUGCCUGUUAUGUUGUGAAGCUCAUUUCUGAAGAGGAGGACAGCUUUGACUUUAUAGGAGGGUUUGAUUCAUACGGUUACCAAGGGCCACAGAAGACAUCACAUUUGCAACUACAACCAAUGUACAUGUCAAAGUAAAAGGAUAACUGCCUUAUCAACCAAUCAAAAUGAUGAACUGAUGUUUGAACUUGUCUUUCUACGUAAAUGUCUUAACAUGAUAGUGUCUUACGGACUGUCGGAGGAACACAGAACUGACGCUUUAACCUCAAAGACUCGAGCAACAGAGUGGAUUUUCUUUGUCUACGCCCAGCCCUUCCUCCUCCAGAGCGCUGCCGGCAGGCGCGAGAGAGCCCUCGUGUGGCCGAACCCCCUCAGCAGACUCUCGUCUUGUUGCAGCCAUUAGCAGUGCAAAUUGGAGGAGCAGAUUGCGUCGAUGUCUGCGGACAGAUCUGCAAUAAGAAAGACUUGGAAUUGUGCAAUGGACCGAAUGGAUAUAGUGUCAGUGUGUCCGACUGACUUUCACGGAAUCCAUCCAUACUUAAAGAAUGUUCAUUAACCAGUCAGUAUAAUAUUAGUUAUCUAGUCCUACAGUCCUUCAAAUGGUGACUGGAGUGGAGAGUCAUUAUUCCGGUUGUUUACAAAGGUUUAUUCCAAGCACUGGGAUUACCUUUGGUGUUUAAUUGCAACCCAAGUAGUUUUUCUUCUUUCUCCUGGAUGUACUCGUCUUGAAAGUGCCAAGAACAGUUAAGAAAAAAACAAAAACAAAUAAAGAAAUCAGUAGCUGCUAAGAGAUUCAUAUUUUUUGGAGUUAAACGACAGUCCGAAAAAAUACCUAUGAGUUUAUCCGUUCGACGUCGCCAUGGGAUUCAGCCGUAUUUGUUUGCAUGAGGUGUCAAAAUCUGUUGCGUAUUUAAUAUCUUUCAGCUAGACAUAGGCCGACCUUAGAAGGGGUAACAGUUGGCCUACUGCGACUGUCCUUGCUCCGAAAGGUUACUUGUGAAUAUUGUUGUUUUUUAAGACGGUGUUGAGUCUUGUUAACAAGAUAAUGAUUAGAAAACCAAUUGUAACUUCUUUCUAUUUUAAGCCUUUUUUAACAUGUGUGCCAGUGUUCACUCUUUUAUAGUAGACUAAUAAUUUGUUAUGCCGUGUAAGUGGGCCUUUCUUUUUCGAUAUACCUGUACAUAUUGAGGGGGGAUAGGGAUAGAGAUGCAGUAUUUGUAGUGAUGUGAUGUGCGAGGAGGUGUGUGGAAGAGUCUACUUGGGUUAAAGCGUUUUGUUUUGUGUAGUAACAGAAACCCAAGAAUAACGAGUCUCUAAAUAAUUUCUUAAUGCAAUUGUUCCCCAACUUUUAAGCAAGAGGUUAGAAUUGCGCAAAAUGCUGAAGCUGUUCAGGUGUUUCCCUUGGAUUUAGCUGUGCUGUAUGGCUUCAUUUGUAACCUGCUUCCUGAAUGAAUAUCAAGAAAAGAGUUUCUUUUUAUGCUGCACUUUCAAUCGCCUAAAAUACUGCGCCUAUUGUAGCCCUUGGAUGAUACGCGAAAGCGUGAAAUGUCUUCAUUUCGGUCAAACUACCAUGCCAAACACAGCUGAAUAACGCAUUUUCCCCUUCCUCAACAGAUAAUGGAUGAUGAAAUAUGUAUUUCUCCACUGUAUAUUAUCUUUUCCCUUGAACUGAUUCUAGUAACUGUGUGGGGUUGACAUAUUUCUGCGGUUUGGUGUAGAGAAAGUGCCUAAAAUGACAUCCUGUUAACAUUCCAAUAAAUGGCAAUCUGCUCUCACCCAGAACGGCUGUACAUAAACCGAGGGUCUGACUGAGCUGUGUUUAAUCAAACCCCUUGUGAACUGCACUGGCAAAGCUAAGUGGCUUUGAUAAUUAAUAAAGAUAUUUUAGCCGCACCACUCUCCAGAACUCACUGGCAAAUAAUUCCCUGCAGUCCUUCGCUGCAGUCUUUGUGCAUCCGACUCAAUAUGGAGUGACGUUUGAAUGGGUAAUGUGAUUCAAUAAGAAUGAUGACACUAGGAAAGGAAACCUGAAUGGGUAUAUCUCACAAAACCUUUCAAAAACAUAUUUAUUUAGGUUAUAUUUCAUCCCCAAAAUCAUAAUAUAGAGAAAAUAUAUUUUGCUGUAUAAACAAAAAAAGAUUUUAUUUUAUAUUUAUUUUUAUUAAUACAAGGAAUUCAUUUAUAAUUUAUCAUAAAUUCUAAUAUUUAUUAUAUUACUGUAAUGCACAAAGAUCUUAUUCUUAUUGCUGUAAUGCAAAAAUAACAAUAUAAAAAGUUCUAUAUUACAGUAAUGAGAAUCUAAUGAGAACCACCAUUGACAAUUUUGGGAACUAAAAAAAAAAACAUCUGUAUGGUAUUGUGGUAAUGAGAAGAAAAUAUAUAUGGAUAUAUAUAUAUAUUGCAACAUUGUUAGGAUUCAGUUGUUUUGUGUGGGUUUGGGUUGUUUUGUUUUUCUUUUCAGAUGCCUUUUUCUUCUUGUCAAUGUGCUGGGGUUGGGUCUUGCCUGAGUCUUGCUGUUGUUUGGCCAGUGCUUCUUGGUAAGAUGUCUCCUUCAUGGAAAAAGUUAAAACGAGCUUAAUGCCAAUAGUGGCGAACACAAUGAAACCACCAAACACCAGAAUUCCCAGAGUUUGAGGGUCAUACACAUCCAUCUUUGCUCAGUCCUGUCCCUCCUAUUCCUGAUCCUGCGUUCAAACUCACAGCGAUAAUCGCUGCUGACUUUUGGAGUCGUGCGAGAGGUCCCGGGUUAAGAUCCCGGACAAGCCCCCAUAUGUCACACCUGGCUCAAUGGUGCGGAAGGGAAGGCGACACAGCAGAGUAAACUCAAAUAAAAGAAUUUAUUACAUCCAAAUUAACACAACAACAUAAUCAAAACAUCAGUCAUCAGUAAUACCAGUCUGAAAUGCAAGUGAUUGGAUGUAUAACUAUGGAAUGUUGUCAGGACAAGUGCAUGGUUGCGAAACAAAAAUAACUUUCUCAAAAAUGAAUUGCAGAUCUGGCAAACUGCUCCCGCAGACAGUGUUGGGGAAAGUUACUUUUAAAAGUAAUGCAUUACAAUAUUGCAUUACUCCCUAAAAAAGUAACUAAUUGUGUUAGUUACUUUUUAUGAAAAGUAAUGCAUUACAUUACUUUUGCGUUACUUUUUCUCACCUGGGCUGGGCUUGCUUGUUUGUUUAUUUAAUAACAACAAAAAAAGUUCUAUUUUUGGCAAAUGUAAAGACACUUUUACACCAAAAGUGAAAAGAAUAAGCCUCAGGCUGAAGGAAAUGCAUAUUUACGCCUGUGCAGUAGAGGGCGCAGCUCAAAUAAACCUUUCAACAAACCUUUCAGCUGUGCUGCCAUUCUGGAUCAAAGAAGAAUAGGAUACAGGUGAAGGAAGAUCAAUACUCUCAUUUCUAAAUCUAAUCAAAAGUAAUUUUUGCUUAUUAGUGAGGUUGAAUUAGAUAAUUGAAAGUCAGCAGCAAAGACAUUGGUUAAUAAAGUGAGAUUAAAUACAUAAAGUAUAUUUGUGUAAUUUAAUAUAGUUAAUUAUUAGAGGUUUUCAUAAAAUUCUGAGAUUGCAUUUCACUGUUUUUAUUCAUUUUGAGGAAUACUGAAUGUUUUUGUGCAAGUGAGAUAAGUAAAUGCAUGUUUCCAUUUAGUCUAGAACUACAAUAACCAUCAUGUUCACACAGCGCACACAACACCUCAGCACGUUAUUUCUCUCAACAUGGGGACAGGAGAGCUGUCCGUCAAUAAAUGUGAAAAAAGUAACUUAGAUAUUUUGUUGUAAAUUGAAAAAGUAAUGCAUUGCAUUACUAGUUACUUGAAAAAGUAAUCUGAUUACGUUACUCAAGUUACUUGUAAUGCGUUACGCCCAACUCUGCCCACAGAUGGUUUUAUUAGUUUCCAAAAUUGUCAGUGGUGAUUCUCAUUAGACUCUUAUUACUAAUGAUAAAAAUUAAGUAUUUUUAGGACCAUUUUUUAUUUUAUUUUUGGGGAUUUUGGGGUGAAAUGUGACCUGGACAUGUUUUCAAGAGAUUCGUCUAUUUAACUCUUAUUGCUUGGAGGUGCUUGAUUGCCUAAAGUACUCAAAGAUCCCAUUCCAGAUCUUACAUCAGUCUGGCUGCUGUACGAAUGACUUCUAAGACAUUUGUAAAUACAUCCUGAUUCAACAUGGUGCUUGAUUAGACUUUAUUAUAAAGAAUAAACAGGGCAAAGUUUAAGCAAAAAAAUAAAUAUUCUGGUUCUCAAUAUACUUGCAAGACACAGUCUAAGCUUAUGUGAGAUUUACCCUGCAUCAAAACAUAUAAAAGACUUGACAGUGUUAAAUGUCAAAUUUGACUAUCAUAAUUAUUGAGCUGAAAAGAAACCUGAAUGAAAAUGAAUAUCCUCCAAAAAAUCUUGCAUGAUGCUUCUACCCAGGAGUGUAUGUGAUGUCACAAUGACAGUGCUCUAACCAAAACUGUAAAUAAAAAUAUGGAUUUAGAAACUAGUUUAAAUUCUUUGUGAAGUGGUCCGGACGAAUUCAAAAAUAUAGCUUUUAUUUGACAAUAUACUGUAACCAUUCUCGUUAAUUAAGUGGUCAAUUAUGAUAUUCGAAAACAAAUGACACUCAUGGUAGAUGCUUUAAGCAGUUUUCCAGGUUGUUUUCAUUGGAUUCAGUGCUACGUUUUGAUUAGAUAGGCCUUUUCUAUUUCUGUUUCUUUUAAAGAAUGACUGUAAAUAAAACCAGACUGUGUCACUGA